AUGGAUACCGACAAGAUCGGUGCCUCGACCACGGCCGUGGGGCCAGCACAGCAUGGCGUCCUUCACUACGCACGCCGUGGAGAGCCGGUGGAGGAUGCCUCGUCCGUCGACAGCGAUAUCAUCGGCUUCGAUGCUGAGAAGAUGAAGGGUCGGUCAUUGUUGACCGAAUUGGAGGAGAAGAAGUUGAUGCGGCGCGUGGAUUGGCACUUGAUGACCUUGUGCUCGAUUAUGUUUCUGCUGAAGAACAUUGAUGCGAACAAUACCGCGAAUGCUCGCAUCAUGAACAAAGGCACCAAGCAGAACAUCCUCAUACAGCUGGAUAUGAGUUCGAACGCCUAUAAUUUCAUUACCACAAUCUACUACAUCCCGUAUAUUGUUUUCGAAGCGCCUUCAAACCUGUUGAUCAAACGCAUACUCCCGUCAAGAUGGCAGUCCCGUAUCAUGGUCACCUGGGGUAUCGCUCUCGCCUGUCAUGCCGCUGUUCAUAACAAAGAAGGUCUCUACGCGGCUCGAUUCUUUCUUGGCCUGGUAGGGUUUCACCUGUUGAAUGGACAGCACAGGACUAAACAUACUUCCCAGUGCGAGGCGGGUAUGUUCCCGGGCGUCAUCCUACAAAUGACUUAUUGGUACCGACCCGACGAGAUGUCCGUACGACUGCUUUACUUCUACGCUCUCGGCAACUUCUCCACCGUGAUCAGCGGAGUCCUCGCCUUCGGUUUCGACACGAUAUCCGGCCGUUGUGGUUUGUCCGGCUGGCAAUGGAUCUUUCUCGUCGAAGGAGUCAUCACCAUAGCCUUUGGCAUCGCUCUCUGGUUCAUUCUACCUGACUUCCCAAACCAAGCCAAGUGGCUCACCGAGAAAGAGAAAGCCUUCAUCCAAGCUCGCCUCCCGUCCAAUGCCCCGCGCGCAGAGGAAUUGAACUUCAACCUUCGCGAGAUCAUCAACUCCCUCAAGGACAAAAGAAUGUGGCUCUUCACGCUAGUCUGGGCAACCAUGACCGUCGGCACAACCGGUCUGACAUUCUACCAGCCCACAGUCAUUGCGAACCUAGGCUUCACCACAAUCGCCAAGAGUCAACUUCUCAACAUUCCCACCGCUGUGCUCUCAAUCAUCAUUAUCGCAGUAUCCGGAUUCUUCGCCGACAGCGCUUGGCUGCCACGCCCCGUCCUCCCAUUGACGUUUCUCACCGGGAUCCUAGCAUGCUACAGCGUUCUCUACACCUUCCCGAAUAACGGCGGUGUGUACGCCGCGACCGUGAUCUCCAACGCCCUCUCCUCGUCGUGGUAUCCGCUGAUGUGGCCGUGGCGCGUGCAAACCACGAGCCGCGCCACCGGGUCGGCGUUCGCCAUCGGCUUCGUCAACAGCUAUGGGCAGAUCGGUGGUGCUCUGGGUCCUCAGAUCUUCCAGUCGAAAUAUGCGCCUCACUAUACUGUCUCGUUUGCCAUUGCGAUGAGCGUGAUCGGGGCGUCUAUCUUGGUUACGCUAUUUACGUGGUGGGUUACCCGGGACACGGAGAGGCAGACGCGCGAGAUCAAGAAGGCGAGAGUGGCGGCGGCGAAGCGUGGGGAGUCGGUGCUGGACGACGUCGAUCCGAAUGCUGAUUUAAAGCAUAAGGAGGCGGCGGUGUUCAAGGAGUAG